GGUGGAUUUGAAUAUUGAUAUUCUUGUGAAAAUAAUGUGUGCAUACAAUAUGUUGGUUUAAAGGUCAUACAAGGCUUCCACAUUGGCUUCACGUGUCGUUCAUACGACACGUUAUUAAUUUUAAUUAAUUUAAGGGUAAUUUAAGAGGAAAACGAUAACAUUUUGAUAGUGUAUGCUUGUGGUGUGUUGUCAUCUCCGCGCGUAAGCGCGUGCACGAAGUGUCGUGACGAGCGUGCUGCGGCAAAUAUAGUUAAUACAUGAAUUUAGUUGACUAAUUAAUAUAGUAAUACGUCUUUGAAAUGUAACAAUGUUUGCGUCUGGAUACAGCGCAUCGUUGGUUAUCCGUAACCUCUAGAGGGCGCUAGUACAUUGAGAAAUCACUCAGUGUCGUGAGAAAGGAAAUGUACGUCAUUUUUUAGGAUGAAAUCUAAAUUUAAAUCUCUAAUUCAUGAAUACAUAAUCAUAAAUUCAAUGUUAGAGCCUUUUUCGUGGUGAAAUCUAAACAGAAAACUGCCUAAAUACAAAUAAUAUCGCCGUUUUAGUGGGCAUCCUGAUUUCUAGAAGGCGAUAGAGAGCUCGAAAGUGCCGCAUUAAGUAUCGAAGAAGAAAAAGGACUAGCACUUCCUCCUUGCUAGGGUUGGCUUUAUUUGUCUUAAAAUUCGUAGGAAUAAUAAUUAUUUUUUAAAUGUAAGCUGGAUAAAAUCUUUUUAUGCGUUGUAUUUAUCUUUUUUUAAUUGAAGCUGGAUUAAAUCUUUUUAUGCGUUGUAUUAUUAUUUAAAGUCUUUCUUUCAGGUGCAUACGAAUGUUUUUUUUUUGUUGUUGUUUAGUUUUUAGAUAACAAACGUUUUGCAUAAUCGAGUAAUGGUUUUCAAUUUUGACUUUUUUAUUUAUUGAUUUUAUUUUUUUUUUUGGGGGGGGGGGGGGUUCCCCAAAAUGCCACUGGACUGCCGACGUGAGUCACGUGACAUUCGGGAGGGCAGUUCAGCUCCAAAAAGAAUGACAGCCCCAUCUUUCUACAGGUCAGCCAAAAAAGAUGGAAAGCAGGAACUUCACUUCGUCGGGGGAAGACUCUCGGUCCGUGGUUAGCCGCUUUCAGCAGCGCUACUGGAAAACCAAGCAAACGUUGAUCCGGGCGAGCGGCAAGGAGGACCAGCAUGUUGUGGCCUCGGAUGCUGAGCUGGAUGCCAAGCUGGAGGUGUUUCACUCCAUUCAGAGGACGUGCAUGGAGCUCCUGAAGGUGAUCGAGCAGUACCAGAGGAGGAUUUGCUUUCUUUCUCAGGAAGAGAACGAGCUGGGUCGCUUUCUACGCUCACAGGGCUCUCAGGAUAAGAGCAGGGCAGGCAAGAUCAUGCAGGCCACGGGAAAAGCGCUCUGCUUCUCCUCUCAGCAGCGAAUGGCGCUAAGGAAGCCUUUGUGCCGCCUGUACCAGGAAGUGGAGACCUUCCGCUUCCGAGCAGUGUCGGAUACGUGGCUGACUGUCAAGCGCAUGGAGCACGGGCGCACCGAAUACAGGAGCACACUGCUGUGGAUGAAAGACGUCUCGGCCGAGCUGGACCCCGAUGCGCGUAAACACAUGGACAAGUUCCGAAAAGUCCAAGCGGAAGUUCGCGCCGCGAAACUCUGCUUCGACCAGCUGAAGACUGACGUGUGUCAGAAAGUGGACUUACUCGGCGCCAGUCGCUGUAAUCUGCUGUCACAUGUACUCGCUACGUAUCAGUCAACGCUGCUGCACUUUUGGGAAAAGACGUCCCACAACAUGGCGGCCAUUCAUGAGAACUUCAAGGGAUGUCCACGCUAUGAGGAGCCAUCAAGGGGUAAGAAGAGGAAGAAAACUAAAGCAGAGACGCAAGAUGAAGACAAGUCCACACAAGACGAAUUGGUUACACUUGGGAAUGAUGACAGUAGUAGUCCAACAAAAGAAGGGGAGGCCUGCGUUCCAUCAUGGGAUGAGGACAAGGACAGCCUAGCCUUGCUGGAAGAGAUCCUGGGAGGUGUGUCACUUCAAGACUCCGCCCCCCUUCCUGACCCCGCCUCUCCACAGUGGAGUCCGGUGUUCGACGAAGCCCAAGAUGGGACUGACAUGGACCCCCACUCUGUCUUUUUGCCUUCUCAGCUUUUGGACAGCAAUUUGAAGAUGCUGCAAUCAGUUCAACUUUCAGAGGGGGAAGGGACCACUGCGCAAUCUGUCGCCACGGCAACUACGCACCCUCAAGGAGACGGAGGAGUUAAAGGAACACAAGCAAGUCAUCGGGGGCCAUCCAAAGACCUGUCGGCGUGGUUCAACCUUUUCGCAGACUUGGACCCGCUCGCCAACCCGGACGCGGUCGGCAAAAGUCAAGACGAGCAGCAACUUCACAACGCUUAACAAACGCGGACACAAUGCUCAGUUAACUUCCUUGGUAGACACAGGAAGUGAGCAGAAUGAACUUUGGACUGGAUUUGAAGAUGACUAUGCUGUAAUGUCAACACUGGCCUGCUGGAAAUAAACAUAU